CAGAAACCUUUCUGUGGGAUAACCAACCUCCAAAUUCCAUAGCGUCAACAUUUGCAUUUGCAACACCUUAGUCAGCGAUAACGUACUUGGUUUGCGAGAGAUGCAUUGUGCAGUUAUGUUCGUCUUACAGUUUGUUUCUCUUCGGUUUCAACUCGGUUUUAUUUAAAGUCAGACUUUGGUUGGUUUCGGAUUCAACGCUGCCCUUCUCUUCAACGCCAAUGCUUGGUACCAAGCCUUCCUCUAAAACAGUUUAACUCCUAAACACUCACUUGUCCGUCCUUGUGUUCCGAAAUCUCUCUUUCGGGUGGCUAGUGAAUGGUAACACAAGAAUGAAGACGGCGAAGCAACUGCAGGAUACAGCUCAAAACGGAGACGUUCAGUGUGAAUCCACUGUUGAGAAUGGAACGUCCCUGCCGGCAGCCAGCCCGGAGUAUGACGGAGUAGCCAUCAAACGUGAAUGGACCCCGUCGGAUUCCCGCAUCUAUGCACCUGGAAGUGAUGCAACUGAUCAUGCCUCCUACUACCAAGGAUGGCUAGUGAAUGAAAGCACAAGAAUGAAGUCGGUAAAGCAUCUGCUUGGUACAGCUCGAAACGGAGACAUCAAUUGUGAAUCCACUGUUGAGAAUGGAACAUCCCUGCCGGCAGCCAGCCCGGAGUACGACGGAGUAGCUAUCAAACGUGAAUGGACCCCAUCGGAUUCCCGCAUCUAUGCAUCUGGAAGUGAUGCAACUGAUCAUGCCUCCUUCUACCAAGGGUGGCUAGUGAAUGAUACCGCAAGAAUGAAGUCGGCGAAGCAACUGCAGGAUACAGCUCAAAACGGAGACGUUAAGUGUGAAUUCACUGUUGAGAAUGGAACGUCCCUGCCGGCAACCAACCCUGAGUAUGACGGUGUAGCCAUCAAACGUGAAUGGAACCCAUCGGAUUCCCGCAUCUAUGCAUCUGGAAGUGAUGCGACUGAUCAUGCCUCCUUCUACCAAGGUGAGGGUGCUCUUUUCUCCCUCCAAGAACCUCCUUCAGAAAUUCCUCCUAUAUCGAAUAUUCAAGCCCUAAUUUUAAACGAAAUAAAAGAAGAAGUGGACGAGAAGGACGAUGACUCGGUCGCCACUCUGCACACCAGUGUGGAAAUCAAAGAAGAGGCGUUAUCGGAAGAGCGUCCCAUGUUGGUGCUUAUCAGUGAAAAACCAUUCAAAUGCGAAAGUUGCACACGCUCUUUUACUAAGAAAAGUGCUCUGACGCGUCACAUGUCGGUGCACGCCGGUGAAAAACCAUUCAAAUGCUCGCAUUGCACUCGCUUUUUCACGCGGAAAAGUAAUUUGAAAUCUCAUAUGUUGGUGCACACCGGUGAAAAACCAUUCAAGUGCGAGCAUUGCACACGCUCUUUUACUCACAAAAGUGAUCUGACGCGUCACAUGUUGUUGCACACCGGUGAAAAACCAUUCAAGUGCGAGCAUUGCACACGCUCUUAUACUCAGAAAAAUAAUCUGGUAUCUCACAUGUCGGUGCACACCGGUGAAAAACCAUUCAAAUGCCAGCAUUGCACACGCUCUUUCACUCGGAGAAGUUUUCUGGCAACUCAUAUGUUGGUGCACACCGGCAGUGAAGAACCAUUCAAAUGCGAGCGUUGCACACGCUCAUUCAUUCAGAAAAGUAAUCUGAGGCGUCACAUGUUGUUGCACACCGGUGAAAAACCAUUCAAGUGCGAGCAUUGCACACGCUCUUAUACUCAUAAAUAUAAUCUGGUAUCUCACAUGUCGGUGCACACCGGUGAAAAACCAUUCAAAUGCGAGCAUUGCACACGCUCUUAUACUCAGAAAAGUGAUCUGACGCGUCACAUGUUAGUGCACACCGGUGAAAAACCAUUCAAGUGCGAGCAUUGCACACGCUGUUUCACUCACAAAAGUACUCUGGCAACUCAUUUGUUGGUGCACACCGGUGAAAAACCAUUCAAAUGCGAGCAUUGCACACGCUCUUUUAGUCGGAAUAGUCUGCUGGCAUCUCACAUGUGGGUGCACACCGGUGAAAAACCAUUCAAAUGCUCGCAUUGCACUCGCUCUUUUUCUCAGAACAGUAAUUUGGCAAAGCAUAUGUUGGUGCACACCGGUAAAAAACCAUUCAAAUGCGAGCAUUGCACACGCUCUUUCACUCACAAAAGUACUCUGGCAUCUCAUUUGUUGGUGCACACCGGUGAAAAACCAUUCAAAUGCGAGCAUUGCACACGCUCUUUUAGUCACAAAAGUAAUCUGAGGCGUCACAUGUUGGUGCUUACCGGUGAAAACCCCUCAAAUGCGAGCAUUGCGUUCGCUUUUUCUCGCGGAAAGGUCACGUGAAAUCUCAUAUGUUGGCGCACACCGGUGUAAAACCAUUCAAAUCCGAGCAUUGCAUACGCUCAUUACUCGGAAAAAUCACCUGACGACUCAUCUAUUGCUUCACUGCGCUGAUUAUCCUUUUUAGUGCGAUCAUUCACUGGCUUUUUUACUCGGAAAAGUAAUCUGGCGUCUCACUUUGUGCACUGAUUUGUGAAACUUUUCAAGUGCAAUCUUUGGGCAUCCUAUUUUAUGUGUUACGAGCAUCCUCAAUCGGUACUUCCGAUCACAUUCAGUUGAAGAAUCAUCCAAAUAAGCUCAUUGUAUACGCUGUUUUGCUGAGGAAAGGAAUGGACUUCUUAUUCGUUGGUGCACACAGUUGACAAACCCUUCUAAUGCCCCCAUUGCUCCCGUUCUUUUACGCAGAAGAAGGGUGGAAUAUUUCCUUUAACGAUAUACACCGAUGUAAAACCACUCAAGUCCGUGCAAAAGCUCUCUGACGUUUCAGAGUUGGUUUUUACCGGUGAAGUUGCACUCAAGUGCGCACAUUGCGGAAAUUUUUUUUGAGCGAAGACAAGACUUAAAAAGGCAUAUCGAGGGCUAAGGAUCAAACCCGCCUUAGCGGCAAUUUGGCGAGAAUGAGUUAGCGACUUUUCUCCAUUCUUAAAUUAUUAUUUAUGCGAACGGACAUUUUUGUUUCUUACCAAUUCCGCACGAGAGCACUGUACAGACGCAGUGAUGUAUUAUAAAAUUGCAAACCUAGCCGCAAAAUCAAAUCAUAAAAUUUGGAUGGUCUCUUCUUUGUCCUGGAAAAUCGUCAGUUCGCAGGCACACGGUGUCAUUCUUUAGCCUUCGAUAAAUCUGUGUAUUCUUUGGGCCAAACUUAUUCAUAAGCUCACAUUUCCCCUUUUACUCAUGGAAUUACUUGGGAUUUAACCUCGUCUCUUGCCGUCCCUUGUUUGAAAAUCAUCCGAUCUCGAUCCGUUCAGCUUUGCCCUUGGGGUUGCUCGUUAAGUAUAAGAAAAUCUUCCCGGUGAGUUGUUUCAAAAAACAUUUUAAAUUUGUUUCCAUUAUCCUGGCUCAUCGUUGCGCGUUACUUUCCAAAAUGAAAACCAUUGACUAAUGGACAUAUUUCAGCCGCUUCAUCCUCAGUCCUCAAGGCAAUUACUAGAAGAGCGUUAUUUAUUUGCACAAUCGUACCAUUGUACGAUACAUUUUGUUUUCUUUCUUCUUUCCUGAUUUUUUGGAGAAAUAGUUUGACUACGGUCUCUUGUCAUAAGAACAUUUUCUAUUGAUUUUAACGAUGAACCCGCAGUAGCCUCAGUCAUAUCAGUCUGUUCAGGCGUAUUUUGAUAUGAAAUGGACAACACCUUGAAAUUAGAAAUUACAACUUCUGCUUCUUUCGCAAGAACACGUAUGUUUGUUGUUGAACUAAUGGUAUAUCAGGUUGUUUACUAAUCCCGAAUUUUCGGAAAGACCGAAAAUAGUACUGAUUUUUGAAGGGCGGUCCGGGAGUACUGAAUAAGUGCAGAACUUCCGCAGAAAGAUCCGGAAUUUUUUAAAACUUUUUGUCAUUUUAGUCGCAGUUUCAAAUUUUUGAAAUUUUUCUAAUUUCGUCAAAUGGAGGUACUGAAAAUGUACGUAAUUUUUCUGUUGGAGGAGGUACUGAAUUUCUCGAGAAUGUGCUGUUAAAGUACUUAUUUUUGACCAGCCUGUUUUAGUAUACACCCUGUAUAUGUAUACGGUGUUUUUAAACUGAGCUGGAAAUAGUAGUCCCAAAUGCACAGUCCAACUGCACAGAGGCUGAGGCAACCUGCGCUCAAGACUGAAUCCACGAUCAGAAGAAUAUUCCCAGACGCCGCGCAAUCUGAGCCUCCUCGGAGAUGCGUGUAUGAAUUUGAGCUCAAAUGACGCAACUUCGAACUCGUUUUUCGAGAAUUAACAUUGUUUAGAAGAAAGUAGGAAAAUUCUGGUGAACAGAGGGUCCGUUCAUAAAAUACGUAACGAUAAAAUCGGGAUGUUUCGAACCCCCUCCCUCGCUUUCCAGCCCAUAAUUUUAUUGUCACGUAGGUUCCAAUCCUUUAACACAUCAAAACAAAUUGAUCAGAUGUUGUUCUCAACCCAGCCCUGCCCCCUCCUCCAAAGCGUUUCGUAUUUUAUGAACGGCCCCUGUAAGUGGAGUUUCUUCUUGUCAAAAAUGAACAACAUAAUAAUAUUGCAGCUCCCAGUUGUACGUUUCCAAUUCGAAUCCCCGGUUGCUUAAAAAUUUAGUUUUGCUUUCUUUUUUCUCGUGAUCCUCACUUUUUUUCCAAGCAGAGAUAAGUCAAUAAUCUGUGAAGAUAUCAGUGAUUAUGAACCUUGGCAUCAUAAUUUUUGAGUGUAGUUUUUGCUAUUCUGACGAAUACUUGAUCAAAAGUUUCAAAAUUAUAUUUAUUCUUGGCGUAGUGAAAGUUCAAACUCGGAUUCGGCGCUUGUGAAUCAUAUUUUAGUCGUGGAUUUUUUCCAGAAUAUACCGGGUGUCCGGAAGUUAACGUACUGAACGUUCAGAAUCGAUUUUUCGGCUCAAAAUAUGACUUAUUUUCCUUUACACAUAUGCCCGAAAACGCCUGAUGAGUGAGCUUUGCGUUUCCAAAGUUGCCAUUCUUUUUAUUUCAUAUCGAUGGAACUCCUCGUUAUUUAGUCGCAAGUGGCUGAAAAUUUGUGCAGGGCCGUAUUUUUUAGCGCACUGUUCAUUUUUUGUGUUUCCAAGGACGUACGUGUUCGGAAAAUGACGUUACAAGCGUUUCCGAAUUUUAAAAAUGCGAUAAAUUUUUUGGUAGUUGAUAUUUGUAAAAACGGGUUACGGCACAUGAAAAAGCGCAACAAAUCAUGGUCACAUAGUACUGCACAAAAUUUUCCAGAAACGCGUCAUUCCGACGCAACAGAGCUUUGAAAAAGUUUCAGAUUUUUGAAACUCCUUGCUGGGUGGACAAUUUUUACUCCAGGGAAUUAAGAAAACUGCCUACGUAGCAAGGAGCGAGGAAGAGCCGUCGCGAUAGCUUCGAAAUUUUCGGAGUCCCUUGCACCGUAGGCAAUUUUCUCACAUUUCCCACAGUAAAAAUUGUCUACCGAGCAAGGAGCUUCCAAAUUCUGAAACUUUUCCAAAGCUCUGUUGCGUCGAAAUGACGCGUUUCGGGGAAAUUUUGUGCACUACUUUGUGGCCAUGAUUUUUGCGCUCUUUCGUGUGCCGUAAUCCGUUUUUCCAAGUAUCAUCUACCAAAAAAUGUAUCGCAAUUUUAAAAUUUGGGAACGCUUGUAAUUUCAUUUUCCGGAGAUGUAGGCACGUCCUUGAAAACACAAAAAAUGAACGGAACGCUUAAAAAAAUACUCCCUCCCCUGCACAAGGUUCCAGCCGCUUACGACUAUAUAACAAGGAGUUACAUCAUUUUGAAAGAAAAAGAAUUGCAACUUUGGAAGCGCAUAGCUCACUUAUGAAGCGUUUUCGGGCAUGUGUAUAAGAAAAAAAGUGAUAUUUUAGCCGAAAAAUCGAUCCUGAAAGAUAAGUAAGUUAACUGUCGGACACCCUGUAAAUUAUUUUAAGACCAGUUUCAGUUGAAAUCACUAAUAUCUGAUUGGACGUAUCCGCCUUGAUCCCCAAGAUUCUCAAUGGAACAAGUUAACUCAAUGGUUCAUGUAGAUCUUGUUGAAGGGGAAAAAUUUGUGCAUUUUGCGAGUCAGUGUUAAUAUUUAAGUCUAAAGUUGACAAGGAAGGAUGCAUUCAAAUUCUUCAAACAUUUUUACGGAACGGCUUGACGGUCGCCUCAAUUUUCAUCCGUCCCAUUGUCAGCUGAUUGUAAGAAAUUUCGUGAGAAAUUGAGUCAAGCGUAGUUCCAAUUUCCUUCCGUGAUCGUCCCUUUGUAUUCCCAUCCAUCGCGAAAUCUACAUCUCUCCUAGAACACGUAGCAUCACGCAAUGGAAAAUUGCGUAAUAUGGAACAGAUAACAGCGUUGAAAACCAGAAAAGUACUAUUGUGACUAUUUUUCUCUCGACUGUGUUGUUGGAAAGUGUUUCCCUCCGACGUUCUUUGAAAAUUAUCUAUGAUAUCAAUUGAAAUAGGGAAGCGUGUUGCAUUCAACAGAAUGAGAGGGCUUUAUGGAGAGCUCGCGCGUACAUUAUUGCUUAGCCAGCAAUCGUAACAUUAUUGCCCCUCACCCGCUGAUGCAACUAUUAAUGCUCCAUGGAUGACCGUGUUGUAUUUACUAGAAACGAAGGCGCUCCGGCAUUCACUCCCGCUCGCAGCGAAGGAUAUGCGCGCAAUGAUAACAUAGACUAUUCGGACUGAAUUUUCCGGAUGGGGAGUUUGAGUAUUGCCAGGACUGAAUUACAAUCAAACAAUCUUUUCAAUUCUGGGAAUGGUCGCUACUAAAUUCAAAAAAUAAACAUAAAUAAACCAGGAUGUAAGUAUUGGAGUAGAAUAGAUUCGUUUCGCAACCGGGAAAAAAAAGAAGAAGAAAAACAAAGUGUCCGUCCACUUCCUUCUGUUUUGAGACCGAGAGUCACCAAGCUCACCAAGCGAUGUCGCAUCUCUCAUAUUGUAAUUUUUGAAAAUUAAAUUAAGUUUCAGUUUUGUAACACGAAGAAUGUCAACUAGAUUAGUGAAUUAUUUAUUACUCUAGACUUUUCUUGAUGUUGUCUGUUCUUACUUGAAUUACUGUAAAUGAAGAUCGUCUGCGAUGGUUGCAAAAUCGCAGUGUGCUGUUAAGUUAUUUGAGUUAGGAGACCUAUUUCGUUCGUUUUGACGUAAUAGUGUCUCUUUGCCGCCAUUUCUAUCGCACUGUAUUGUUGUAAAUAUGUAUCCAAAAUAUUAAAUUAAUUUUAUAUUAAUUUUAGUUUUUCAUGUCGCUUAUUUCGCAGUUUAUUUUUUGUUUAACAUGAAUAUGUCUGAUUUAGCUCCAAAUUCAGCAGUUAAUAUCUCUGAUGUGAGAUCUUUUAACAGAGGUUAAGAAGGAUAUAUUUUUUGUUUAGUAUUUCAUUGUAACUUACUGUUGAAAAAUAAAUAACAUCAAAAAUAAAUUUUGAAAAGUU